AUGUCUCCCAGCGUCCCUACGUCCGCUAGCCCCGCGGUCCUAGCCACGAGCAAGCCAACAACUGGACCAGACAUGAACCUCGACAGCGGCGAUCGCCUCGAGAUCCCCACUGUGGACAUAUCCCCCUUUCUAGCAGACCCGGACUCCCCCUCAGCCCAGGCGAUCAUCCCCAUCGUGCGGUCCGCCUGCCGCUCAACGGGCUUCUUCCAGAUCAGCGGCCACGGGAUCAGCAAAGACCUGCAACAAGCGGUGUUCGCCGGCGCCAAAAAAUUCUUCGCCCUCCCCUACGAGACCAAACGAGCCCUGGACGCGCACGCAAACCAGGGCCUGCGAGGCUACGACGUCCUGGCCUCGCAGUCCUACCUAGACGACAUCCUGCCGGACCUCAAGGAGGGCUUCUACACGGGCGUCGACCUGCCCGCCGACGACCCGCGCGUCCAGGCGCGCCGCUUCCUCAUGGGGAGCAACGUCUGGCCCGACGCAGCCCUGCUCCCCGCGUCCGAGUUCCGCGAGCCCGCCGAGGCGUACCACGCCGCGCUGAUGGGGCUCGCGAUCCGAGUCCUGCAGCUCAUCGAGCGCACGCUCCCCUACGGGCCCGGGAUCUUCGACGAGUUCAUCGCCAACGACCCCAUCACGCCCAUGCGCAUGCUCCACUACCCGCCCGCGCGCCCGGAGACCGAGCGGCGCGGCAAGACGCAGUACGGGGCCAGCGCGCACACGGAUUUCGGCGCCAUCACCCUGCUGCUGCAGGGGGAGAGUCCCGGGCUCGAGGUGCUCGAUUCGCGGAAUGGGGGCGAGGAGUGGGUGCCCGUUGCGCCGAAUCCGGACGUGUACGUGGUCAACGUGGGCGAUAUGCUUAGUUUCUGGACCAGGGGCGAGUACAAGAGUAGCGUGCACCGGGUCAUCAACCGCGAGCCCGGGGACCGGUAUAGUAUCGUGUUCUUUUUCGAUGGGAAUGGGGAUGCCAAGUUGGCGCCGCUGGAUGGGUCGCAAGAGGAUGAUCCGCUCACGGUCGAGCAGCAUAUGAUCCGUAGGGUCGCGGAGAGCUAUGGCAAGAAGUGA